CGCAUUUAGAAAACUUUUAUCUCGGAACAACUCUAAACUUAUAAACAAUUUCCUAGUAUAAAAGAGUAGCCUCUCUCCCAGUCAAGUAUAGUUGAACCAUCAGCUUCUCAAAACCAACAACCAUGAAAUUCGCCCUCGCCAUCUGCCUUGCCCUCUGCGUCGCCUUCAUCCAGGCUGACAACAGCUGCUCCUCCGACUCAUCUUCCUCCUCUGGAUCCUGGUCUUGCUCCUGCUCCUCCGACAGCUCUUCCUCCUCUGACUCCAGCUCCUCAUCCUCCUCCGACUCGAGCAGCUCUUCCUCCGACUCGGCCUCUGGCGAACACAACGCCCGCGGAUGGCACAAUGUCCAGUGCAAGCACAGAUGGGGCGAGCACGCCAGCUGGGAGUCCGAAUCUGACAGCUCUUCCUCGUCCAGCUCCAGCUCUUACCAGUGCAUCCAGUGCCAGAGGUCUGACAGCUCCUCCUCCUCAUCCUCUGAUAGCUGCUCCUGCAACAAUUGCCGCAGACACGGUGUCCGCGUCAACCGCAUUGGACCCCUGUAAAUUCGACCAGCCCUCAACUGAAGACAAUUUGCUGCUUUUCUAUCUGACCGUGUUGUCUAGUAUGUGUUACAUUUCCAUAUCAAAUGUGCACACUUCUUGUAGUUUCAAUCAAAAUAAAUCUUUCUGAAAUGUUAUAGCUGAAAA